ACUACAAUACGAUAGCGUAAAGCAGACGAUUUUUAACAUGGCGGACGAAGAAGACGCAGCUUAUGAGCACGACGAAUUAGAUGAAGAUGACGACCCAGUUGAGGAUGUGGAAGAUCAUGCUGAAGGGGAGAGAAUGGAAGUUUUACCGGCAAGCGAGGGAAAGCAAGUUGAUCCCUCAAAACGAAUGACUACACCUUUUAUGACGAAAUAUGAAAAAGCCCGGGUGUUAGGGACACGAGCCCUUCAGAUAGCUAUGUGCGCUCCGAUUAUGGUCGAAUUGGAGAGGGAAACAGAUCCCCUGGCGAUAGCUAUGAAAGAACUUAAGGCAAAGAAAAUUCCAAUAAUAAUUCGACGAUAUUUACCAGACGGCAGCUAUGAAGAUUGGGGAAUCGACGAAUUAAUAAUUAACGAUUGA